GUAGUGUUCAUCAGUUGUUUCUCCGGCCCUCGGCAAACACCGGACAAUCCACCCUACGUACCCGGAUGUCAACCAAAGGAUAACAGAGAAACGUGUACAGAGGAAUGUUUUACAGCGACAAAGAUGACUGGACAGAUACUGUUGUGCCGGCCAGCAGCUAAUAAGGCUAAGCCAUGGAGAGUAGCAGAGUUUGUGGACGUCUUGGCCUUAUAAGCAGAGUUUUCUUGGUCAUUGCCUCACGUGACGAGGGAUGGACGUGUUGCGUAGCGAUUUGAUGAAGCGUGCACCUGCUUGACCCCGUGACCCUCGCAUACACCCGCAUCCUGGGACAAAGGCUUCUGCGUGCCAUCCACUCAACCUGCCGUCCUACCUCUAAAACUUUAUUUUCGAUCCAUUUUACCAAUCAGGAGAGCUUUUUCCAAAUUUCCUGCUCAUCAGCUCGUCUGUACCGCUUUUAGCCUUCACACACCUGACACAGGUGGGACACUGUCUUCCUACAAUCAUCAUUCUCGUUAUCGCUGUGAUGCGGUGUCUUCAUGCACUUCGUGAUCCUCGUUAUCGUCCAGGCAAGGCUGUGUUGUGAUAGUGUUCAUUUCUUUUAUUUUUAUCGAACUCUCAUCUCCGUGGUACUUACCACAAACGUCCACGAAUCUCGUCCGUCUUUUUUGCCUCAGGUGGAGUUCUCAAAAUCGUAACGAAGGUAUAAAAUUAAGAAAGUUUUAUGCUACUGUACAAGGAAGACCUAUUCGGCAUAGUCAAACGACAUAAACCAUCAUUCUCUUUAUUCUGCAGUCGCAAGUUAGUCGUUUGUAGUGAGGAGACUUCCUGACAGGAAGGUUUUCUGGUCGUCUUGACAGCAGGUAUUUCUACCAACUACCGAUUAAGUGUAGGAAGUGGAGAAGCAGACAACAUAUCAGACACUUGGCAAGAUGCGAUACCGCAGACAUUUUUGUGUUAAACAGCAUCCACCUCUUGCUGGCGAUCAAGACAACAACGACCAUCUCCGGGACACCACCAUCCCAGCACAGCAUUCCUUUCUUCCAUUUUGUCAUCGCCGCACUCGUUUGACGACAGCCAGGUGAGAUGGCAUGAAUGUUCUAUUAAAGAAGAAAUGUUAGAAACACUGGAGUAGACCACUUGAGAUUCUUGUGCUUAAAAUAAAAUCGGUUUGUCACCGGGCCGGGAAGGAUUGCUACCCACGUGUUUCGUCUGUUUUUAUACACGCACAUCCCUGAUGUCGCUUUUCGAGUCCUCGCCCUUCCUUCCGCUAACGACGAGUCAAAAAAUGGUCAUGUGGUCAUCUCUACAUGGCUCAAACCCUAUCCCGUGAUCUCUUGUGCAAACAAUGUCGUUUCUUUAUUCAAAAAGUGAACUUUGACCUGCUGGAUGCCAGUGAAAUAUUUUGGAUCAUUCAAGAAUAACCUGUUGCAGUCACGGAUUCAGAGAGCUGAAAACAAUGUUGAAGUCCAGUCAGGCGUGACGAAUAGGCUCAGGCUUGUUCUGGAUACAUUAAUUCAAAAAUAAAACAAACUAAAUCGAUUUAUUUUUGUAAGCAGACAUUUUUAUCCGUUUCUGCCCUCCCAUAGGCGGUCUCAGAGCCACAAUUUCAGACAACAGACUGCAGCCUACUGUCCAACCCUGUGGAAGCUUUGCUUGUAUAAAGACUGGAGUGACAGCAUUCAGAAAGUUUGUCCCGGACUUGUGAUUUGGGAUAUCUGUCAACAACAAAAAAUUCACAACAGUUAUCUUUAAAUAGAGACAUAAACAGAAAAAAAGUUAUGUACAAUCUGGAAAUGAAGCUUUUCUGGAGACAUGUUUGCUUCGCGUGCUGCUGCGUGUUUACAUUACUUUUUUAUGUUGUUUUGUCUCCGAUCGGGAUGAGAAAUCCCGUAGAGAUCUACAGUUUGGAAGCAGGGUUCCCAAUAACAAAACGAAUGCCAGAUAAGUUGAUUGCUCUGUAUGGCGACGCAGAGAGUUCGAGAAAUAUCUUCCAAACUUUGGUACCGGGGCGGCCAUGGCUGGAUGCCGUGCGUUGGAUGUGGAACGGUACGCUCGCGGCGAGCGCCUGGCCUCAGAGAAAAAUGACUAUGCCACAGUGUUCAAAGCUCGUGAACGGUGAUCCAGAGGAACAAAAGUACUCCAAGGAGUUCAUGAAGGAGUUCUCUCCAGUAGCACUGACCGCCAGGGAUUACAUUGCCCACACCACAGACUGUUCUCACUACCUGGAGGAGAGAGCUUUCUUCCUCAGCGCUCUCCCAGAAGAGGAGUCCUUUCCUCUGGCCUACAGCAUGGUGCUGUACAAAGACAUCGAGCUGGUGGAGCGGAUCCUGAGGGCCAUCUACCGGCCACACAACUUCUACUGUUUGCAUGUUGACCAGAAGGCCGACCCGUCGCUGCUGGAAGCUGUGAGGAGUAUUGCAUCUUGCUUGGAGAAUGUCUUCGUAGCCUCCGAAUCUGUGGAUGUGAUAUGGGGAGAGUUCAGUGUACUCGAGCCUGAACUAGUGUGUAUGCGGGACCUGUGGAGGUACAAGAAGUGGCGGUACUUCAUCAACCUCACCGGCCAGGAGUUUCCCUUGAAGACCAACCUGCAGCUGGUGCGAAUUCUGACUGCUCUCAACGGAAGUAAUCUGGUUGACUGCACCACCAACGGGCGGGACAACGACAGGUGGUACAACAACUUCUUGCCCCCACACGGCAUCAAGCCCUACAAGGGCAACGUGCACGUGGUAGUCAACCGGGGCUUCGUGGACUACAUCCUGCACAACCCUGUUGCCCACGACUACCUGAGCUGGCUGCGGAGGACAGAUGUUCCAGACGAGUCGUUCUUCUCCACGCUCAACUACAAUCCUCACCUGCGAGUGCCUGGAGCCUACCUUGGACCCCCAGACACGGAUGCACACCUGAAACCUUACCUGGCUCGGUUCAAGAAUUGGGGUCAUAACUGGCGGGACGGUCUAGACCGGAUGAACUUCAACUGGCCGUGCUACGGGAAACGAGUGCGGACCAUUUGUGUCUUUGGUGUGGGGGACCUUCCGAUGUUGACCUCACGCAAGGAGCUCUUCGCCAACAAAUUUUACAUCAACUUCGAGCCACUGACACUACAAUGCCUGGAGGACUGGCUCUACAACAUGACCGUUGAUGAAUACGCCGGGAGAGUCUCUAUGGACGUGUCUUUCUACAAAAAUCUGGACAUAGUUAAGAACAAGGUGGAUGGAUCUCGAAGUUUGACUGGGUGACCUUAGUUUGAGUGCGCAUUUCCGAGCAAAGAAAUACCAUAUAAUUUAAAAGUUUUCACAUUCAUCACUGCCACCUGAGAGUUUUGUAAAGUAACAUUAUUGCCCAGUUAUUGCCUAACAUUAUUGUCGAAUCACGACUGUGUACUUUUAUGGCCGACAUUUCCGUGCAGUCCUGAGCGACAUUCAUUGUGAUUUUACAGCUGGUUAGCCAGAUAUCACUCACAGUUUCUAUGCAAUCACGAGUAAUAACUGUUGUACCGAGAACUGGUGCCAGCCUUGCUACAAAGACACAUUGAAAGACACAUUAUGUCGUGGGUGACUCUGAAGACACAACGCAUACGUCCUCCAUGAAUGUUCUUCGUUGAUAUAAAUCCAUCACAGUUAAGUGUGGCUAAACAUUAUCUAGCUUCCAUCUUGUUGGUGAGCUUGUCUACCAACAACUGUCUCAAUAUGUGCGUGUGUAUACGUUUUUUUUUUUAAUAUUUAUGAAAGUUUUUCUUAAACGAUUUUACCGUGUUGUGUAAACAUUUUUUGUGCUGUUCAUCUCGUUUUAGUUUUGGUCUUCGCUUUGUAGUUUUUCGACUGAGCGUCUCCCACCUCCGACUGUUGGGUUGGGUGUGAAAUUUGUGUUUUUCCACCGAAGCAGCAACUAAGACUACAUCAAGCUGGUAGCCAGCCCUGUAAACAUGGCCACAUGCUGAGAAAGAUCAGCGUAUCCGAGACGAGAGCGGUGAAGGUGGGGUGGUUGUAGUGCGAGUAGGGAACAGGGGGUGAGUACGCGACAAUUAGGUUUAGAUGCAGAAUAAUGAUGACUUCAUUAUACCCAAACCCUUGUCCUGUUUGAUGUUCCGAGGGCGGGUGUGUCCUCUAGGGCGGGUAUGGUGCGCAGUUUAUAGUGCGUAAUGUUUGAGGGUGAGACUGCAUAUCCGGGUGGUGCAGGUCGAUGCCGUGCAAACCCUCGUGCGCUCCACUCGUCCGUGAUUUUUCUUUUCAUACUGGUCGUCGGUAAUGUGUUGGCACUUUUGAAUACCGACUGUUUUUUUUUUUGUUUGUUUGUUUGGUUUUUUUUUUUUUACAACGGCUCAUUGACUCUUUUCAGAACGUUUUCUUAUAAGCUUCGUUGUGAUUUUCUCCAUCUGCUGAUUUUUAUCUCAGUAACUCUCUUUCCCGCCUUACCUCACGUGUCCUCCGCUCAAAACUGUAUGCAGAUACUAUUUAUAGCACUGUUCAGGGCGUUCACUGUCCAUUACCUCCUCCAUCUCCGUGUGAGCGACAGUGAGAACAACUCACCCAAAACCACCAGGUGAAUACUGGUCACGUGACGAUUGUCUCGCGGUUAUGUGUCAAUCGCUUUACAGAUAUUUGCCAAUCAUCAAGUUUUUAAUGAUUGAUUUUGAAUUCAUGUACGGUUUUUACGAUGCACCGGUGUUGGUUUUUGUUUUACACACCGGAGAAACAACGAUGAAUGUGAUGCUGUAGAUUCGCACAAGAGUUUAACUGAGUUUUGUUUUGGUGGUGACUUUGAUUUCAAUCAAACAAUUGUGUAUAUGAUGCCAUAAAAUGUGAUAAUGAUAACACUAGGCAGCCUUUCAAUUGCUAUUAAAGUAAUGUAUGUAGUUUGUAA